AUGUUCAACUUAAAGUUUGACUUAAGUAAAGUCAGAGUGAACUUCAAGCUUAUCAGUGACUUGGUGUUGUUAACUGGAGCAAGUUUAUCCGUUUACUACUUAUUAAACGCCAUAAUAAAUGAAUACCUAGACAAGAGCAUCAAGAAUAGUGAAUCAGAUAAGAAAGGCAAGGGAAUAUUGAAAAAGAUUCAAACUGCUAAUCCACAUUUGAAGAAUAUAUCACUAAACCAAUAUGAGAAAACCUUGUUGAGUUCCCUUGUAACACCCGACGAAAUUUCCGUUUCUUUUGAAGAUAUUGGAGGGCUACAGGAAAUUAUUGACGAAUUGAGAGAAGCAGUGAUGUUGCCGUUGACUGAUCCAGAGCUAUUUGCAGUCCAUCUGAACUUGAUCAAGUCGCCUAAAGGUGUGCUCUUUUAUGGCCCACCCGGAUGUGGAAAGACCAUGCUUGCUAAAGCAAUUGCAAAAGAAAGUGGUGCAUUCUUUUUAUCAAUUAGAAUGUCAACUGUUAUGGACAAGUGGUAUGGAGAAUCAAACAAGAUUGUUGAUGCCAUCUUCUCAUUGGCCAACAAGUUGCAACCAUGCAUCAUUUUCAUUGAUGAAAUAGAUUCAUUUUUAAGAGAUAGGUCGUCAAGUGAUCAUGAAGUGAGCGCGUUGUUGAAGGCUGAGUUUAUGACAUUGUGGGAUGGUUUGAAAUCGAAUGGACAGAUUAUGGUCUUGGGAGCAACAAAUAGAAAAACCGACAUCGAUGAAGCGUUUUUAAGAAGAAUGCCAAAGACAUUUGCAAUUGGUAAACCAGAUGCUUCCCAAAGAAGGUCUAUCUUGUCGAAGAUAUUGAAGGAUGCAAAAGUGGAUGAACAGGAGUUUGAUUUGGAGCUGAUUGUUGAAAGGACUAAAGGCUAUAGUGGAUCUGAUUUAAGAGAAUUGUGUCGAGAAGCGGCAUUACUACCAGUCCGGGAAUACAUCAAGGAGAAUUACAAUUACAAGAGUGGGAAAUUGAGUCGAGAUGAAAACGAUGAUUUGCCUGUUAGAGCAUUGAAGUCAUCAGACUUUUAUAGAAUUCUUGCCACUCCAAUCACAGGCACCGUACCAAGCUUAGCGCUUGAUUAG